GCAAUGUUAUCAUGAUUGCACAAAUGAACUAAUUAUUUAUUCACGUCAUUCAUCACCCGUUUUUUUUCCCAAUUCAUGAUCAACUACUACCUUAGUAUAUCUAUAUUUAUGUUGAUAUGCUUUUUGACUGUAUGUGCAUUUGUUAACAUAACGCCGUUUUCUUGCACGUACUAUACUGUACAUCGCACUUCGCGUAAAGUAGAUAAUGUAAUUCAAUUUUCUUUAUUUUUCAAAAAAUCCUAUGACUUUUGCCACUGAAUAUUUUGAUAUUAUUAUUAAAGUGACGACUUUUUCUUUCUUUUUUUAUUUUAUUUAUUUGUUUUUCUUUCUGACAACUUUAAAAAUUUAUAAUUCUCUCUUGCUCUUGUUCUGUGUAUCGUGUGUUUCUGGGUGUAUGGACCUGGUGUGAAUUUCACUUAAAAGAAGAUAUGUAUGGGCCUUCUACACAAUAGACGAUAUACAAUACACUUAUGUCUGUAUGUUGGACGUUAAAAAAAUGUAAUUUUCUGUGAAUAAUUAUCAAUUUUAAAGACAUUGCGUGACUUUAUCGGCAUUUGGAGUUGGAAUUUGCUACUCUGUCCUACGUUUUCCUUUCAUUUGAGUUCCUUUAGCGGAGAAUUUACGUAAAAUAUGCAGAUGAUAUGGUGGGGAUAUAUCCACACAAUGUGAUUUUCAUAAAAUAGCUGCAAUCGGUACUCAUUAAACGGCACAGCAAGGAUGUAAACAUCGGCAUCAAAACACACAUCGAUUCUACUAUGCAUAUGCGCUUCGAUUUUAAGGGAUGUUUUCGAGGACGUCCGCGCCCGCUGUAAACAAAAGCAGCGAGAGCGUGAGACUUCACUAUUUCCUCGUAUUAGUUCGCAGUGAAUUGUACAGCGUUUUCGUUUCGUCCGAAGCCAUGGCAGACACAGCAACCACAACCCCAGUCAAGAAGAAGGUUACUAAGCCUAAGGUACCUGCAGCACACCCCAAGUACGUCGACAUGAUCAGGGCCGCCUUGGAAUCCCUGAAAGAGCGUGGUGGAUCUUCCAGACAGGCCAUUCUGAAGUACAUUAUGGCCAACUUUAAAGUGGGAAACGACGUCAACCCCAUUAAUGUCCACCUUAAAAUGGCACUCAAGAACGGAGUGAAGAAAGGCGCUCUGAAACAAGCCAAAGGAACAGGCGCCACUGGCUCUUUCAAGUUAGGAGACAAGCCAAAGACAGAGAAAAAACCAAAGGCGAAGAAAGUCACCAAACCCAAGGCAGCCAAACCAAAGAAGGCCACAGCUGUUAAGCCCAGGAAGGCGGCAGGGGAGAAAAAGACUGCUGAGAAGAAGAAGAAGUCCCCCAAGAAAGCAGCUGGACCUAAGAAAGUUAAGACACCCAAGAAGAAGACGGCAGCCAAAUCCCCUAAGAAGGCAGCAGCCAAGCCAAAGAAGGCCAAGACUCCGAAAAAAGCAGCAGCAGCCAAGCCAAAGAAAGCCAAGACUCCCAAGAAGACAGCAGCUAAAAAAUAAGCAAUCAUAGCAUCAUUGCAGAUUGCAAACCUUCAACAAAAGCCCUUUUCAGGGCUACCAAUAUUUUUCGAAAAGAUGUCUUAAUUACAAAUGCAAGUUGCAAAGAAACAUGCAAGUACAAUGAAUUCAUAUACACUUUAUACAGGUACAUUAAGCCCCUUCUAGUUUUUCUGUGAUA